CAAGAUGGCGGCGGCGAUGGUAAAAUAUGUGGUCCAAGGUUUGUGGAGGAAACAGCUUUUAACAGCAAGAAUUUGUACAAGUUUAACAGCUCAACCAACAUUUUUAUUUUCAAGUGAAUCAGGUGGUGGAGAGCAGAAGCUUUGUCAAGGUAUAAAUUACUUAAAAGAUGGAUCUGACCCACCUCUGUUACCAGACAGCGAAUAUCCUGACUGGCUGUGGGAAGUUCUUCAACCAAAACAACCAGUGGACGAAGAGCCAGAUGACUUAAACAACAAAACUUAUUGGAGAAGAUUAAGAAAAAUAAGAUUGAGACAGGCAAAUGCAUCCAGGAAGAAAAAGAAGUGAACAUAAUUUUUUUGAUGGCUGUAAGACCAAGGUUCCCAAUAGCAAGGUGUUUCAGGGGUAUAGGAAGCCCUUAAAACAAAAAUUAUCGGAGACAGCAGAAUCAGUGUAAGAAGAAUGUUUCUAAGAUACCUGAUUCAAACUAUAAGGGGGACAAAAUAAUUUUGUUUUAACCCCUGAGUUGAUAAGUAACAUAAUUGGCUACUAUUGCCCUUCAUCAGAGCAAAGCUGCGCUGACAUUGGUCUAACGCUCAAGGUGUACACUUUAUAAACCCUUUAGGGUGGCCAAGUUACAUGAUCAGUUAUCUUCUAUAUCCCCCCACUAGCACAGUUACAAAGUUGAUUUGAAGGAAAUGUUUUCAUGCUGUUCAACUUUGUCAAAAACUGCCUGAGGUCUUUCAGUGGAGUUGAAAUGGGAAUUAGUUUCUCUCCAUAGAUUCAUGCUAACUUAUGUCCACUGAAUAUGUCUGGGUAGCCAGUCACUUUCUUCACAGGCUAUACUCGAUAAUAUUGGGUUCUUGUGGGCAACUUCAUUUCCUUCCUUAAAUUAUUUCUCCUGAAGUGAUUUGUUUUAAGACACAACAAAUUAACUUCUGGAUCUAACAAGCUUUCAACUGCAUUUUUUUCAUCUUAAUGUUAUGAUACUGUACCCUGUUGUCAUGAAAAUAAUAAAUAAGUAAAACGGCAAACCAGACACAAAUUCCAAGAACUUUAUUUAAUUUUAAAGUUUUUGCAAAUGUUAGCAGUCUUUUAACAAAAGAAGAGGCAUGAAAGGUAUGCACAUGCAAAACUAGGCAGCUGUUGACCUUAGGGAGGGAUUUUUUACAAUACACUCAAUCUUUUAAAACUUAUCUUACAUUAAAAAAGAUUCACUCUUUAUCAUCA